GUACUUGGAACCGCUAAGGUUAUCUUCAUCAUCCAGGCUAUUCAAUAGCAUUCAAUGUGUCUUUAAGAAUCGUAUUCUUUCUCAUUCACUACCUUCAUGUCUCAGAGGUAUAACUCGAGCGUCCUACAUAACCGUUCGUCUACAUCUACACUCCCAUUUGGCUCAACACCACCUGCUUCUGGUCGGUCUUCUCCGUUCCCUCCUGCGGGCCAGCGAUUUGCAGACGACUUAGAAGGCCAAAAUGACGAAGCAAUAGAGGGAUUAAACGCUAAAGUUCGGAUGCUGAAAGAUCUCACGAUUGGUAUACGGGACGAAGUGAAGGAUUCAGCGAUUCAGCUCAGUCAAAUGAACGACGCGUUUGCAGAAACUUCAGGGAUUCUUUCAGGGACCUUUCGACGCAUGAACAACAUGGCUUCACGACAAGGAUGUCGGUGGUUAUGGUAUAUUGUUUUUCUCAUCAUUGUGUUCUGGUUCUUUGUGGUCGUGUGGUGGUUUCGGCGAUGAACAUCACUUCGCACGUACAGUUGUUCUUCUCUCCCUAUACCAUUACUACGAAAUAUUGGAACACAAUCUACUUCGCGCAAUUCCUGAAAAUAUUACACCAAGCAAAUGGAAGCAAUAUAGAGGUAUUUAUGUACAACAACACAGAGAAGUGUGAUGGAAGGAGGAAUACAAAAAUGAAGUACUUCAAACUCUC